CAUAAGCGUUUCAGUGUCGCCAAAAGGCUGCGCUGUUUUUGUGCAGGCGCACCCGCUGUUAAAGCGAGGAGGUUUAUUGACCUGGGUGCUCCCCGGGCUUUGGAGCGCCGCUCCCUCAGGCGGCGCCUCGCCUCACGGCGUCUCAAAGCCGCCAAAUAAACGCGUUAAAACGCGCGGAUUUUCCCCAUCUUGGUGGGAAACCAGGGGGCGUAGCUGGGCCAACUGUUUUCCAGUUAGGCAGUUUAAUAAUGUGCUGGUUCCAGAGGUUGCUGUAUUAGCUGUGUGUCUCAAACUUGUGACUUUAAGGAGUUAGUAUUUCCUCUCCUGCUGGUAAGGAAUGCUGAGGAAUACUUAGUUUACAAAAGCUUGCACUUGUUCAGAGGAAAAGUGGAAAGAAGUGAAGGUGUGAGACGGAGACUACACUGAUUAUUCCUUGCCAAGGCUUUCUUCCAAGAGGAUGUCUGAGUUCUGAUACCACACUCUUUGAAAUGAACAGUACAUUUCUGAUGUGUUAAAUCAUAUUAAUGCUUCCAUGGAAAUCAGUAGCUAACUGCAGAACAACUGAGAUCUAGCACCUCUGUCAUACUCUAGUCUCUUUGAUUAAAUUAGUAUAGAUGAAAUGUUUGGGUUUUUUUUUUUUUUUGACAGGUACUUGGCCCAAAAAUGUUGGCAUUUGAUAAUGACAGUUGUUGUUCAUAAAAUGCUUGGAAUAAAAUACUUGCCCUAUUCAACAGAAUGUUACUUGUGUACUGAAAAUGGAAAGACAAGACUACAGAAUAAAUAUAGAAAUCUGAGUCUUCUGCUAGUAAAACAGUACUUUGGAAGAUGUUAGAAAGUAGUGGAGGAACUUAAUCUUAUUUAAACUAUAUCCUCUUUGUGUUAUACCCCUUUUAAAACAAUUGUUUGCAUUCUGAAAUCUGUGCAUGCUCUCUAAAACCCAAGUUUUUAACAGAAAGCCUAAAGAAGGGAAAAACACAUUGGAGAAGCAAGGACUUGAGUGCAGAAUUCAGUUCCAAAAAUAACAGUGAACACUUGUGCUGAAACUCUCAGGAAGGAUGAAGCCUGAGAAACAGCCUGAAGAUGAAGAAAGCUUAUGGGAAUAUGUCAACAAAUCUUUCUCUGUUUCCUGGAGCGCUUGAUGUGUUUGUACGUGCGCCCUUCUUGGAAGGCCGGGGACAUUUUGUUCGGUGAUUUGAGAAGUGAUGUGGCCGGGUGCCACGCUGGAAGCCUGUUCUCAUAUCUCCUAUCAACACGAAUGGAAGUCACCGAUAGGAUCUUCCCACAUUGCUUCCUCAGAAGUUUAUUACCGUGUGGUAAAUGUACCCUUCAUCCUGUGGAUGCUGAAUGUGAGAGAUCAGGCAGCAGCAGCACAUUCACCCUGCAAAUAAUUCUCAAAAUCUCAGGCUGUUAAUUGAGUCUGCACACAUUUUGGAUCAGUAUGGGAAGCUCCUGCUUCAGGUGAAGAAGCAUUCCAGCCAUCAGCCUGCUGAAUAUUCAUUAUCCUUUCCUCACCUGUGCUGCAAGGUACCAUGCUGACCAUGAGAAUUCCAGGCCUUAAACUUCUCUGAUAGGAUUUAUUCCACAGCACCAACAUCUGAUAAACAGCUCAGGUGAAGAAGCAAGACCUGUGGCCAGGUCUUAAGUGCUUUGGGAAGUGAAUAUUUCUUCUUCACAGUAGAAAUCUUUGCUCUAUUGGUGCACAAGGCUUGUGCAUGCUUGAAGAUUGUAGAUCUUCACCCACAUCCAUUCUGCCUGUGACAUGCAUCCCUGGGAAGUGCAGUGAUGUAUUGAUGAGCAACCUGAAGUAUUGAUGAGGACCUUGAAGUAUUGAUCAGCACCCUGAUUCCCAGGCAGGUGUCACACCUGCAGAUCGCGAGGCCUCCCGGCGCUUAUGCCUUCAGGCUAACUUGAGCCAGAUUCUGCCAGCAGUGCAUGGUCCUCUUAGUCCACAUUGCAGCUCCACGUGCUUCGCGCUGCCCACCAUGCCAACCUUACCCGAAGACAAGGGACAAGCAAAAGAGGCCCAGCACAACAGCUCUCCUCCAGCCAAAGACACGACCGUUGAAGGGACAACGUGCAGCACACCUUCUAUUGUUCUUCCAGAGAAUGCUCUUACACCAGAUAUAGAAAUUGAUAAAAAUGUGGUUAACAGGCCUCGGAGUCCUCAUAGGAGACAUUCUAACCGUGCCACCAGGAAUUCAACAAGUUCACUGACUUCUGUUGACAAUAGCGGUCACGUGAUUGAUCUGGUGAAUGACCCACUACCAGAUGUCAAAAUAUCAGAGGAGGACAAAAAGAAGAACCUUGAAUUGUUAGAAGAAGCAAAGAAAGUGAGUGAGAGGUUCCUAACACGCAGAGGCAGAAAGUCAAGAAGCAGCCUCUCAGAGUCACCCACAGGGUCUGAUGCAUGCACAACCACUAGUAUUGAGUCAGUAUCUCCAGAACAGAAUAACAGAAUUGUGAAAGAGGAGGACAGGCAAACUGCAGAGAAUGCUGCAAAAGGAUUAAUUGAUCGAAGGCAGAAUGACCAAAGAAAGAUUUCUCAGGGAAGGUUGGCUCCUCGUUCUGCUGGCUUUGAAAACUCCAAAGAGAAGCUCUCUGACCAAAAGGAAAACUUUGAUCCACGUAAACAUAUGGAUACUUUACCUAAAUUCUCCCCUUCAGCUGCUGACGGUGGCAGAAUGUCUCAUAAUACUUGCGUGAAUGUUUGUGAAAAUGAACUUGGAAAAUCAUUCCUCAAGAAAGGGAAAGAAAAUGAUGUUCCUUUAAGAACCCAUCUACCAGGACCAGGAAUAGGAAAUAUGGACUCAAAGCUCAAAAUUCCUGUUCCAGAAAUGAGGGACCAUAAAGUUCCAUGUAAACCAGAAUUUAAACUGUGUGGACUGCGUCCUCCUCUAUUACGAGCUGUGUCCUGGGAUAGCUUGGAGCCUGGACAGAAAGAGAAAACCCCUUUAAAAUUACCUUCUGAGGAAGAUAAGAGCUUUGUUGGUAAUAAAUCCAGCAAUCAGUUAAAAGCAUUCAAAGACCUUCAAAUCCAAGUUCAGCCGGUUCGAAUGCAGAAGCUGACAAAGCUCAGAGAGGAGCAUAUUUUGAUGAGAAAUCAAAAUUUAGUUGGACUUAAACUUCCUGAACUUAGUGAAGCAGCAGAACAGGAAAAAGGCUCUUCACCUCUCCCUUCCCCCACUGAAGAGGAAGAGACGAAGAACAGCUCUGAUGUCAUGCCCAGCAUUCCUGAUGUACUGCUGCGAAAACUGAGAGUGCACAAAUCGCUCCCAGGAAGCUCCCCACCACUCACUGAAAAAGAAGUUGAGAAUGUAUUUGUACAACUCUCCUUGGCCUUUAGAAAUGAUAGUUAUACAUUGGAAUCUAGAAUUCAGCAGGCAGAGAGAGAGAGAAAUCUUACUGAAGAGAAUGCUGAGAAGGAACUGGAAAACUUUAAAACAGCCAUUACGUCUUCAGCUCACCUGUGGCACCACUAUGAGCACAGGGAAGCCUACCAGAAGCUCCUGGAGGACAUCGCGGUGCUGCGGCGUUUGGCUGCCAGGCUCUCGAGCCGCGCCGAGAUGGUCGGAGCCGUUCGGCAGGAGAAGCGUAUGUCAAAGGCAACAGAAGUAAUGAUGCAGUAUGUGGAAAAUCUGAAAAGGACAUAUGAAAAGGAUCAUGCUGAACUAAUGGAGUUCAAGAAACUUGCCAAUCAGAAUUCUAGCAGAAGCUAUGGUUCAUCUGAAGAUGGGGUUCCUCGUUCAUCUAGAUCCAUGUCUCUCACUGUUGGAAAGAAUAUGCCCCGGAGGAGAGUCAGUGUUGCGGUUGUUCCUAAAUUUAACUCCUUGAACAUUCCUGGUCAGUCACCAACAGCUUCACCUAUACCUGCAAUGCCAUCCCUGUCUGAAUCACCCAGUAAUGGAAGGAGCAACCUAACGUCUACUCCUGCUCUGCCAGCACUUCUAGAAAAUGGGAAGUCAAAUGGAGAGCCUGACUGUGAAACCUCAACUCCUGUGCUGGCACAGAGUGGGUUGGAAGAGAUCAGUCCUGAAACUAAAGCCAAGAUAGAAGAGGAAGCAUAUAACAAGGGAUAUCAGGAAGCCUUGAAGAAAACCAAAGAACUUCAGGAACUGAAGGAAGAAGAUGAAGAGACACCCAAAGAAAGUCAUGAUGAACAUGAAGAAAGUGAAAAUGAAGAUGAGAUAAAAAAUCUGAAAAGCAGCAGACUUGAAGUCAUCGUUAAUUAUUUAUAUAUCCUGUACCCCAAACUGUGCAAACACUGGAAUGUGCUGUGGCUUGUAGUGGCUGCAAUAGUCAUUUUUGCCGUGGUGUUGGGAAUCUACCAUUUCUACAACUCCUGUGAUGAAAAGUCAGAGGCACCCGAAGGGAAGGCCAGCUGUUCUGCGGCCCAUCAGUACUCCUGGUGGAGCUCAGGACUCCGCCAGGAGCAGCGCACGGAAUAACAGAGCAACGAGCGCGCCCUUCUGAUCCCUGAGCAAGCUUGUGCAUUAGAGCACCAUUGUUAAAGGUAGUGCUUAGUCAUCCCUGAGGCUGUUCCAUGUGAUCCCUUAGGCAAGUGAGUCGCUCCACACCACCAGGUUUGGGAUGCGUGGUGAGCAUUCCUUGCCAAGACGCCAAUCUGCUAAAUAAUCCUGUCUUGUUCUCUUAUUGUAAAGGACUCGUACAAAUCAAGUUGUCUUGAAUCAUGGUAAGGUUGUGGCAGUAAUCAGCGACCUGCAAGACAUUUAAAAGAAUGAUUUGCAUGGGACAUCGACAUUUCUAAGACCAUCAUAAAACCCACAUUUGCAGUUAGUGCUUUACUUUAUAUUUCCUGAAUUUAUUGUUGAUUGUUGAAGUGCUAAUUGCAUUUAAGUCCUUUGGGUUUUAAGAGGCUAAUUAAUUUCCUUAUUCAUGACUAUUGGGUAGAAAUAGAAACAUUUCCAUGGAAGAAUAUAAUUAUCUUCUAAGACCAAAUGCCUUGCUGCUAAAGUAAUUUUCUAAGAGGAAUUGUCUAUGUGAUUAUUUAAAUGGAAUGCUGAGUACGUGCAUAAAUGUGUUUUAUGAUAUACUUUAAGAAUGGGACCACCACUUUUUGUAAAAUGGAAUACUCAACAGAACCUGAAAUGGGGUCUAGGUGGCACAGAUAUCAUCCAAAAAGUCUGGGAACUUCUGAUAUAUAAAAGUUGCUGAAAAUGCACGUAUGCCACUCAGAGUCAGUACUGGUUACAGCCAAAAGCGGUAGCUGCCUGGAAAGGGUCCUUGUGCUACUCAAGCCCAAAACACAGCAGUCUUGGGCAUGGGAAGCAGACUUCAAUUCUUUAUUGAAAAAGAAAAGAAUAACUCUUCAAACUUCUGUAAUAGAGGUGACCACACCAAGCAGACUCUGCUCUCCUGCUAACACUGGAAAUAAACAUUCUUUGAGAUCUGCAGCAGCAGCAGAGUUCUGAGAGCAUCCAGAACCCAACCAGUGCCUACAUGAAUCAGGCCGUGGUAGCAGUGAGGGCUUAGGAGAGCUCACUGUGUGUUUUCAGUAGUUCAUUUCAGGAAUCUGAUGCCAAGACCAAAAGUGAUCUGAUAUGCUUCCAAAGCUGAACUACCACAUCGGGCUAGAAUAAACUGGAUUUUUUGCCAGUUCUGCCCAUUUGGGAGUUGUGAGUUCUUACACAAGAAUGCGAAAGCCUGAAAUUUUUGCAAUUUGAAAAUGGUGGAGCCAUUACCUGUACAAAACCCAGCAGCUAGGGCUGACACCAAAAUGUGUGUCACUGAAGGUGUGCCGUUUGUACCUGCUGAGCAUCGCUUCUGAGUGAAGGUGAACCAUGUUUGUCUUUCCAUUGCUGUUUGGAAUUAUUUGCUGCAACAACAGCAAUUCCAGCGUGACACUCCGUUGCACUCCUGUCCUCCCUUCUCCUGGCAUUUUCUGACUGAGAACUGGCUCUGUUUUCCAGUGGAAGGAUAAGAGGGUUAUGAAGUACUGUAAUUUCAGUUCCGAUGCAGUCAAUAUUGUCCUGUCUUCUCCUGGUGGAAACACAGAACCUCAAGCUAUCAAAGAAAACAGGUUUCCAACUCAGUCAGAAAUUUAAUUCACAUAUCUGGCACUAGUAACAAGUAUCCUUCUGGUGAAUUUUUGUUGGCCAUGUGUUUCUUAGGAGAAAGAAGAAAAAAAAAAAAAA